CCAUGGCGACCGCGUGGGCCUGGCAGCCGCCAUUGUUGGGCUGCACCCCUCUGCGUCCGAGGUGCGCCGGCGUGCUCGCGGAAUGGGGCGCCGCGGGUGACUCCAGACCAAGGAGGACAGCACAGGCCCCCGGAGCAUUGCUUCGUCCUGGCUGACCCAUGGGAGGAAGCCGGGCUCCCCCGGAGGCGGCGGAUCCAGACAGCGGCGCCGGCCACGUUCGGAGCGCGCCCGCGUCCCCCUCCAAAGAGGUUCACGAGGGUGUUAAGGGGCCCAUCUUUUCUUCCUCGUCGAUUUUAGACUUGAGUCAGAGUGGUCUUCACCAUUUAGGAGAGAUCUUUAAAAUUCCCAACCUUAAACAAUUGCAUCUUCAAAGAAAUGCCCUCUGCGAGAUUCCUAAAGAUUUCUUCCAGCUACUGCCAAAGCUCACCUGGCUGGACCUCCGCCAUAAUAGGAUUAAAGCCCUUCCUUCUGGGAUUGGGUCUCACAAGCAUUUGAAAACUUUGCUUUUAGAAAGAAAUCCUAUCAAGAUGUUACCUGUGGAGCUGGGGAACGUGACCACACUGAAAGCCCUGAACCUGAGACACUGCCCUCUGGAGUUCCCUGCUCCACUCGUUGUGCAGAAGGGACUGGGCGCUAUCCUGGCCUUCCUGCAGACCUAUGCCGCCCAGCACUCUGCGCCCCAGGAUUUAACUUCUCCAGUGAUUUCACCAGUUCCAACGAUGAACCUAAGUCUGCUGCCACAGCCCUUGUCGGAUUUAUCCCAAGAAGGUGUGCCUGACAAAGACAUCAUUAACUCUCAGGAUCAAGAGGGGAUGUUAAAAGAAAAGGCAGACUUUUUCCCACGCAUUGAAAAGCUAGACCUGAGUGAGCUCAGAAAUUCCACCGAUUCCCCAGAAGACUGGCCGAGUGAGGAAGAGAUCAAGCGCUUUUGGAAGUUGAGGCAGGAGAUCGUUGAGAACGAUCCAGCAGUAGUGCUUGAAAACCAGCUCUUACCAGUGGAAUUACCUCCACAUCUCAAGGCAGCAUUAAACGCAAAGGAGAAAGAACAUUCCAACCCAAGACAUGUUUCCAGCGAGUGCUAUCCGAGGGGGAGUGUCCAUCGCAGGGGCCAUGAUGGUAGAAGGAAGGUGCCCUCCCUCCGGAGCAUCCUGCCUGCCCUGGCACCGUCGCAGCGAGCAGCGCUUCCCCCCAGGAGGCCCCCCGAGAGCAGGGCCGGGGCCCUCCAGGAGCGCCGGGAGAAGCAGGCCAUGAUGGAGCAGCGGAGGAGAGAUGAGCGAGUGCUGCGCGAGUGGAGGGAGCGCGCCCGGACCAGGAGGAUGGCGGAGGACGCACCCAGCAAGCCCCUGCCUCCGUGGCGGAGUCGGGUGGCCUCCAAGGCUCCCUUCGCCACGGAUUUGAUUGAUAAUGAGACUACGCCAGCGAACCCAUCUGGAAAAAUGAGGCCAAGCAAAGAGAGGUCCUCGCACGCAAGCAAAGACGUGAGUGCCUUCCGAGAGGAGCAUCUAGAAGAAACCGUAACACAGCACAUUCAGAAACUGCACGAACACAGAAAAAAGUUCCAGGGGCUGGAUCCACUCGAGGAAGUCAGACAGGCUACGCAGGAUUUAGAGAUUGCCAGAAAACUCCAGGAGCAAGUGAGGAAGCUGAGGCUGGGGCCCACCUGGACUAGGAGCCAGCAGUUCACAGCUCCCGCCGGACGCCCGCCACCGCACCCACCUGCGCCGCGGCCUUGGGACAUAUUGUUUAACAUGAAACACUAAGAGUCUGAGAAAGCGGACAGAUGCUCGGGGCGAGCGCCGCUUGUGCCGAGCGAAGAUCCUCGGGGCCGAGCUCGUGUGCCGCCCAGGUGCCCCCUCCCCGCGUGUCCCGGGGGGCGGGUGCCGACGCCACCCCUGGGCCCACCUUCCCAGCCUCAUCUGUGCGGCCUCACAGAGGCUGGACCGCGUUUAAGCUGGAUUAAAGGAGAGAGUACCGUGGACGCCCCCCGUGCCCCGUGUGUGCCGCUCGGCUGGCCGCGUGUCUGGGGGUCUCCCCCACCCCUGCCGCCCGGGUCUUUGCCCACCAGGGAGGGGCGCUGCCCCGGGGCGCUGCCUGAGCCCUCACCCCCACCCUGCACUGCCAGUCCCGGCCUCAGCCCUGCAGCCUGCACGCCUCCGCCCCCACAGGCGGGUCACACCCUGCCCGCCUCACUCUGCAGGACCCGCUGAUUGCGAGUUAAAUAAAUUCACGGCCUUCACCUUGAAAA